CACACACACACACACACACACACUCUGUGAAUGAAUAUAUUGCCAUAAUCAUUUUUAUCGAAUUAGGGUUCUACAUUUUGGGUAUCACAUGAGAGUACGAAGAGGUAAUGGAGAUUCUGAAAGGUAAAUUUGUGCCUCAAUUCAAAGUUCGUCUGCCCCAAACGACCACAUGGCCGCUCUCCAAGCGCACCAAACGCUACUCUCUUGUUGUCGUUGGCAACUUCAGGGAGAUGUUUCCUGUUUCAUAUAGUAGAUGGAAAACUUUUGAAGUCCAUUGCAAUAAUGAUCAAAAUAUCCAACACGCAGCAGUUCGUAAGAGUGAUAACUUAAAACCAUCUGAAUUCUCUUUCAACCGGCUACAGCCCAGCGAUCAGGACUAUUGUGGAUUACAAAAGCGAAACUUUGGUCGUUUUGUUGCUCGUGAAGCUGUGCUGGAUGAAGAAUAUUGGACAGCAGCAUGGCUGCGAGCAGAAGCUCACUGGGAAUCCUUAUCAUAUAUGCGGCAUGCAGAUAGUUAUAAAAGAAAGUAUGCUGAACAGGAAUUCUACGCUUUGAAGCGACGAUGUCUUGGGCAGGAUGGAAAUUCCUUGAAGUGCUUCUGUUUUGUUUCAGUAAAAAAGGAAGAGAAAAAUGCUAGGAGAACUGUCCUGAAAAGUGUUGUGGGAACUCUGGACCUAAGCAUCAGGCAAUUUUUGCAGGGGGAAUUAUAUCCAGGGGAGGAAAAAAGACUGUCCGCUGUCUUGGCCAGUCAAGAACCCUUCGAUGCACACAAGUAUGCUUACAUUGCCAAUGUUUGUGUUUCAAAAUUUGCUCGACGCCAGGGGAUUGCUUCAAACAUGCUAUAUUUGGCUACUGAUGUUGCUACCUUAGCAGGUAUGAAGCAACUAUUUGUUCAUGUAAAUGCAGACAAUGAACCUGCCCAGGAACUGUACAAAAAAACUGGGUUUAAGAUUGUUGAAGUUGCUUCAUCUCCUUUGUCAAAAGAUCAGAGGAUACUUAUGUCCAUGGAGCUAUAGGGUGUGACAUUGUGCUGCUUCACUUAUGUCAAGGAUUACACUUAAGAUUGUACUGUUAGUGUUUAUAUGGCAUAUAUUUAAGCCAAUAGCUUGUUGGUUUUUGUAUGUAUGGAUGAUUUGAUGUGAUUUAAUUAUAUAAGGAUAUAGAAAUAGUUUAAAUUUAUUAUUGUUUAUAUGUAGUCUCUGAUUUACUGAUCUUGGAUCAGAGUACAUUGUGCCACGGUGGGUUAAUUGCUUGCAAGCUGUAAUUAAGUAAAUGC